GUUCCUCCCAGAUUCAUGUUUCAGCAACAGGGGGAUCAUCCUGAAAAAAGAAAUCUAGACAAACUCAACCGAUACAACGAGACCACGUGGCAAAACCGGUCCAAGCAUUUGGAUGGUUAAACUAGAUUAGAGAUUUAUUUUAGUCAGUGAGGAUUUCACGGUGAAGGAGAGGAGGGAUAAGGUCCUGACCGGUGGAGUGAAUGCAGUUUGCAGUCAGUGUCUAGGAGCUCCUCCUCUAUCGCUGAAGAGGACAGUAAAACCACAUCCACUCAAUGAGACCAGGAGGGCACGAGAAAGGAUUGCAUUCUCCAUUUCAACCGACUGCUGUUGCCGCCGUUGCUGAGCUUAUUAUGAGGAAACUUUUCUUCACUUCAGAACCUGGAAAGAGCACAUCUGAGAUCAUCAAUCCUAAGAUAAAAGUCAUGAUUGUAUAAAAAAAACAAAAACAUUAUUUCUCCAUCCAACCGUUACUAACACUACCUACAGCAAUGGGCUUAAAUCCACUAAAGUCUGACAUCUUGGUGAAGGACUCUUUCCUGGAAAUGCAGUCCUUAAGUUGCAGGAGACAUCAGCACCUCAAAAAAAAACUAAGGCCUGUGCGUAUUCUGGGGAUGGUCUUGAGUCUAUUAGCAAUAAGCACUUUUUCAUUGUUCUUCAGUGCCUUCACUUGGACCACACAUUAUAGCACAAAGCUGUUCAGCAAUCCGGACAGCCUGCAGGCCAUGCCUAUACCACACAGAACUUUGCUGGGCACAGAUGAGAAGCAGGACCAAAAUGUUUCAACAGGUUCACCAGUUGCCAUGAAAAUGAAAGUCGAAGAUAACAAAACCGAACCUGCCCAUCAAGGAGACUAUCCAGAAGACCUCUUCAGCCUGGAAGAAAGAAAAAAGGGUGCUAUUGUUCUGCAUAUGUUUGGGAUGUUAUACAUGUUCAUAUCGUUGGCCAUUGUAUGUGAUGAGUUUUUUGUACCAUCGUUGACUGCCAUCACUGAGAAACUUGCCAUCUCCGAUGAUGUGGCAGGAGCAACAUUCAUGGCUGCAGGAGGCUCGGCCCCAGAACUCUUUACUUCUAUUAUAGGGGUUUUCAUCUCUCAUAGCAACGUUGGCAUUGGGACAAUAGUAGGUUCUGCAGUAUUCAACAUCCUUUUUGUCAUUGGGAUGUGUGCUUUGUUCUCCAGGGAGAUUUUAAAUCUCACCUGGUGGCCACUCUUCAGAGAUGUGUCCUUUUACAUCAUUGACUUGAUUAUGCUAAUUAUCUUUUUCUUGGAUAACAUCAUCAACUGGUGGGAAAGUGUGUUACUGUUGUCGGCUUACGCAACCUAUGUGAUCUUCAUGAAGUUCAAUGUGCAAAUUGAGGGAUUCGUGAAAUCAAAAUUGAACAGGAAUAAAGUUGUAGAAGUUUCAUCAGCAGAGGCCCAACCAAAGGCUGAUCCAAUUGACGAUGAGAACAAACUGAUGCUCAAACCACGUCUCCAGAGAGGUGGAAGUUCUGCAUCGCUGCACAACAGCCUGAUGAGGAACAGCAUUUUCCAGCUGAUGAUUCACACUUUAGAUCCUCUCGCUGAAGGACGAUUCAAAGAAAAGGCAUCUAUUCUUCACAAGAUUGCCAAAAAGAAAUGCCAAGUGGAAGACAGCGAGAGACCAAAUGGUGUUGCAAAUUGUGGGGAUAAAAUAGAGCUUCCAAACAGCGCCAAUGUGGAAGUGGAAGUGACCCCGCCGAAGGAUGGGGGCGAAGUUCAGAAUGGAAACGUGUCACGUGGUAUUGAGGCAGACGGACAGGGAGGAGAUGAUGUAGAGGAUGACGAUGACCAGCCCCUGAGCUUGGCCUGGCCGGACACGAACCGCAAACGCUUCACCUAUCUCAUCAUCCUACCCAUUAUCUUCCCACUGUGGCUCACUCUUCCCGACGUCAGGAAACCAAGUGCAAAGAAGUUCUUUCCUAUCUCGUUUUUAGGCGCCAUCUGCUGGAUUGCAUUUUUCUCCUACCUGAUGGUCUGGUGGGCACACCAGGUUGGAGAGACCAUUGGGAUCACUGAAGAGAUUAUGGGAUUGACAAUUUUAGCAGCUGGGACAUCCAUUCCUGACCUAAUCACAAGUGUUAUUGUGGCACGCAAGGGACUGGGGGACAUGGCCGUGUCCAGCUCAGUGGGGAGCAAUAUUUUUGACAUUACUGUAGGGUAA